AUGAAAUCUAUCGAUGACAUUUUAAAUUCAUCAGUAAACGAUGCCAGUGACAAUAACAUUAAGGAAGCGUUAGCAUAUUUAACUAAUAAUAAAAACAAGUACUACGAGGAAAAUAAAUCAAAAGAAACACAUCUUACGUCAGUAGAACUAUUACAACUAAUUACGUCUAAUAAUAAAGAUGAUAAGGAUGAUAAAGAGUUGGAGAAAUUAUUGGAAAGUAUACCCCACAAGUUUAUUAGGUUUUAUGAAAAUGUUAGACCACCAUACACUGGUACGUAUUCUAAAUAUUUUAAAUUACCCAAGCAGAACCCAUUUAGUACUGAGGGCACUGGUUUCAACUAUGAUUAUGAUUCCGACUUAGAAUGGAUAAAUGACGAUGAAGACGGGGAAGAGUUGGGUAAUGUGGAGGAUUUAGAUGAAGAUGAAGACGAGGAAGAUGAAGACUGUGCAGAUGAAGAUGACAAUAUGAUUUUUGGUGAAGAAUUUGACGACUUUUUGGCUAAGGAGGAAGAGAGUGAUGGUAAUUCAGAUUCCAAAAGGAAAAAAAAGUUUUUGGGACCAUUAAUCCCGAUAGUCAAGAUAAAUGCCGUUUUUAAACUGAAUAACAAUAGCAAUUGCACUGUGGCAUUAAAUGAUAAGGAAGAUGGACAAUUUUUUGACUCAAUAAAAAUGAAAAUGUUUUACGAUACACCGGUAGACCCAUUAAUGAUAAUAUCCAAGAAAAGUGAGGGCAGUAGGUCGUCCGUCAAUAACAAUGAAUAUAAACGAUCAUUACAAGAAUCUAAUAUUGGUACUUCUUCUUUAACUGAGAUAGAUGGCAAAAAUUUGCCUAUAUCAUCAAAAAAAUUUAAAAAAAACAUUGUUACAGAUGGAAAAGAUUUAUCCGCUAUGUUUGAUGAAAUACAAGGAAAUAAGUUUUCGUUAAGUACCUUAACGGAAAUUACUCAAGAUAAAUUUACUAAUUAUAGUCAAGAAACUAUUAAAAAUACAAUUAAGGAAUAUGCGACUAGAGAUCCUAAAUCUAAACUAUGGCAUAUAAAGGACAAACAACAUUGGAAUUUAUUAAAGGAAGGAAACACUCAACCUUGA